CCGGCCCCGCCGCCCCGCCUCCCUCCAAGGGCUCUGCCCGUCGUUCCCCACGGACUGGAACAAGGGAACUGUUGUGAACUUCGCAGUCGCAGCGGCCCAGCGGAGCGGCAAACUUUAUCCUUCGGGAGCGCGCCAAGUGCUGUGAGGCAUCAUGUCGCAUCCCUCUGCUCCCCCAGGUUAUGAUGAUCGGAACCCCCUAUAUCCUCCAUCGGGAUAUCCGGGAGCGUACCCACAGCCUCCGCCAUACAGCGGUGGAUAUGCACAACCUGGAGGCUACGCACAGCCUGGGAUGUAUCCACAGCCAGUUCCUCCUAUGCCUGCAGUGCCGAUGAACUUUGGUGACAGCUACAUCAGUAGUGGUGCAGAAGGGGAUGGGACUUUACACGUAGCAGACUGGGAUGAUAAGAAAGUCCGGCACGUCUUCAUCCGCAAGGUCUACAGCAUUAUCUCAGUGCAGCUGCUCCUGACUGUGGGCAUCAUUGCAAUCUUCACCUUUGUUGAACCAGUGUCCCUUUUUGUGAAGAGAAAUCUUGCUGUGUACUACGCAUCUUAUGCGGUAUUCGUGGUCACUUAUCUGGUGCUGGUGUGCUGUGAAGGCCCACGGAGACGCUUUCCAUGGAACCUCGUCCUUCUCUUUGUCUUUACCAUUGCCAUGGGUUUCAUGACAGGCUGCAUUGCUAGUGUUUACAGUACAAAGGCUGUUAUAAUUGCCAUGAUCAUCACGGCUAUUGUGUCCAUAAUCGUCACCAUCUUCUGCUUCCAGACAAAGGUGGAUUUCACAUCCUGCACUGGCCUAUUCUGUGUGCUGGGCAUUGUCGUCAUGGUGACUGGGAUUAUCACAGCCAUUGUCCUCUCCUUCAAAUACAUCUACUGGCUCCACAUGUUGUAUGCUGCCAUCGGUGCAAUAGCUUUCACCCUGUUUCUUGCAUAUGACACCCAGUUGGUGCUGGGCAACAGGAAGCACACCAUCAGCCCUGAGGAAUACGUCUAUGGAGCCCUCAAGAUCUACACAGAUAUUGUCUACAUCUUUACCUUCCUCCUGCAGAUCGUGGGCAGUAGAGACUAAGAGUUGGAGUCUCUGCUAAUCUCCCUGGACUUUUGGCAACCUUCCCCAAAGGUUUAGGGGAGCAUCUCUUUCUAAUUAUAAUGUCUGGCUGCUUUGGUCUCACUUCUAGCACAUUCAUAGAAACUACUUAGGGGUUCCACAUAGUGGACAGAGAUACAGAUACAAGUGGGAGACCAUAUAUUGUACACAAUGUAGAUACUGAUCUUAAUCUGCAAGAUGCCUUUCCUUUCUUCGUUUCCACCAGGGGAGCCCUUCCUUUAUGUAGUGCCUUGGAUACCUGAAUGUAGUGUAUAUAUUACCUCAUCAGUGGGUUGUAUCCUAGUGCUUUCAACUUAAACUUAUUUGUAUUUUGUUCAGCAUACUUUAUUUCUAUUUUGGUCAGCAUACUUAUCUAAAAUAUAGAUGGCUUUUCCAAUUAAGGAAGCCAAAGCAUCAGGGCUUCACUACAUAAGUGCAAAUAAAAAUAUAUUUUUGAGUUAA